UCCCGGUCUCACAGCGGUGGGAGGAUGAGGGAAGACUAAAGACAUGGGACCGCACAUCUUCUGCAUGCGACACAGAACCUGAAACCCAAAUGCUACUGCUGGACUUUCUAAUGCUACGGAGAAACUCAAAAACUUUGAGGCGUCAAGGAUGUUCUUCUCAGAUGGGACUCUCUCAGCCGUCACUUGUGCGCUCCUGUUGGGAAUAACGUGUAUGACCGGACUCUGCGACCUCACGAAAGGCUCUUCAGACUUCACAGGUUACCUGUCCAAAGUGUUGAGGAAUUAUACGGAGCAGGCCUGUGACGGAGACUUCUUAUCUGUUCGCUGCCCGCCCCGCACCACCAUCACCGUCCAAUCAGCUUUUUAUGGAAGAAGAGGCGCCUCUGACCCCCAACAGUGUCCUCAGACCUACCAGGCCCUCCUAAGUUCUUAUAACGCUCGGGAGGAUGAUCGAUAUUGUUCUGUGUCCACUGCACUACAGAAAAUGCUGGACGAGUGCCAGGACAGAAGGAGCUGUCAAGUCCUUGUCAACAGCCGUGUGUUUGGGACAGACCAGUGUCCUGGCAGCAGUAAAUACCUCAUUGUCUGGUACAAAUGCAGACCUAACGAGUAUAAGAGCAAGGUGGUCUGUGAGGAGGAGAGGAUGAGGCUGAGCUGCAAACGGGGCAUGCAGAUCGCUGUUUACUCCGCCAUGUUCGGCCGAACUCUACAGGGCACCCUGGAGUGUCCCCUGCACCACAGGAGGGCCCCGUCAGUAGACUGCCAGUCGUCUGUGGCUCUGCAGGUUCUAACCGCCCGCUGCCAGGGAAAGAAAAGCUGCCUGGUUCGAGCCUCCACUAGAGACUUUGGAGAUCCGUGUUACUCUGGCACCAGGAAGUACCUCAGUGUCAUCUACACCUGUGUCCCAAAGAAGUUGCUCAAGGAGCAGGGACCCAGACCGCCGGUGUACUCCCCUCCCCCCAGUGCCCAUGACCCCAACAUAGUGGGAGACAGCCCUCCGGAGGGGAGCUCAGUCAAAAGCCCUGACACUGUUGCAGAUAGGAAGAAGGUUAGGGAGACAAACCCCAACGAGGAGAAGUUUUCAGAAACAGGAGGAGGAGGAGAAAGACCUCUACGGCCCAGAGGCAUGAAUCCCAUUAUCAACUCCACCUCUAGCACCAAGAUGGCCCUCAUCAGCAACGCACUGGCAGCCUACACUUACGUAUCAGACCACCCAGAGAGGGCAGCGCUCUUCUUCGUCUGCGGUGUGUGUUUGGGCCUCUUCCUCACACUCUUUGCCCUGGUGGUCCAGAUCUCCUGUCGCACUGACUGCCAACCCCGCCAGCGGCCACCUGCCAAGAAACGAGCACGCCCUGCGGACUCGUCCUCCGAUUCCAGUGACUCGGACUCAGACUGGGACAAUACCUCAGACUUGUCAGCACGGCGGCACCGGCGAUUCGAACGCACACUUAACAUGAAUGUGUUCACGUCAGCAGAAGAGCUGGAAAGAGCGCAGAGGCUCGAGGAGAGGGAGCGAAUCAUCCGAGAGAUCUGGAUGAACGGGCAACCUGACAUCCCCGGGACACGGAGCCUCAAUCGGUAUUACUGAGGACUGCUAAGGGGCUUUUUUGUAGAAAGCUUGCUUGAAUUUAGGACGCACUUGGUUUAGAAGGGGCAAGAGACAUGGCCCUUAUGAAGCUUUAUAAGCAAGCAUGCAAAAGCAACUCCCACUGAUGAGAACAGUGGAAGGUAUUGGAGAGUUGGGAAGAAAUUCCUCCCUCGCUGCUGGUUUGCAUAUUCUUCUGGGUAUCAUAAGCUAUACCCCAUUCAGUAAGAGAAUAAGCUCCACCUGUGCAUGGUAAGCUCACCUUUUAGCUGCCUCUUUCUGUCGGAAGCGAGGGGUGAAAGGUUACACUGCCUUGCCUGUGACCUCAGCAGGCCUUUUUGAAGUGGGGAUUUAUGGGUUAGCUGCCUUAGACACACAUUGGUCUGUAGCGACUACAUGGUGGCUGAAGGACCAAGGCCUCAGAUGGGUCUGUUUUAUACAGAACGUCAGGCAGCUGCAAGACUCUGACACUUGGAGCUUUAUGCUCAGUACCCUCCAGUAUUCAAAUGUGGACUUUACAGAGGGGCAGCAUUAAGCAGAAAAAAGUACUGGACAGUGGGACAAUGUAAGACAAUCUUUCCACAGUGAAUAACCAUGCUGCCUUUUGAACUUUAUAAAACCAAAAUAUAUUUUUGGGGGAAUUCAUCUCAACCCUGAAAUCUAUUUUAUAAUUUAAUAGUUUAUUGUUGUGUAUUUUUGUUCUCAAGUAUGGUUUAUUAUGAGAUAUUUUUAUACUUGGCGAAGGUUGUCUGGCACCUCAGGGAUGCAAUCCUAGUGUUUCUGUGUUUGGUUGAUGUACUUUCUUCCUAAGAAGGGGAUCGGCCCAUUUAAACAGCUAUGUCAGCAUUUAAAGAAAGAAUUACAAAUAUCAUAUAAAGAGCCUCAAAGAGGCUUGGUGAUUUAUCCUUAUUUUUGAUACAGUAUGUUUAAUUCAUAGUGCUGUGCCUUUUCUAGCUAUUAAGUCACUGUUGUCACAAGUGCAGCUAGUGUAUAACUCAAUAACUGGUCAAAUGAUUUGUUCAUUGGAUAUCCCAAAUUUUCUUGUCAUAUAUGUAUUCCCUUUUAUCAUUACUGUUGCUUUGCUGAAGUGGAGUAUGUGUAAAAUCGCAAUGUCUCUGUUACACGUUGCACUUGCUGUCUCUCUAGAUCUAAAUGUAAUUUGGUACCAGUGAAUUUGCUAGAAAUAUUUUUUCUUGUCCUCACUCAUAGAAAACGGUGCAAAUUUCAGGUCAUAUGUCAAUCGUGCCCUCAUUUCAAAGAUGCCAGUGGUAAACCAGAUGCUUGUGGUAUUCGCUGCUCAUGGCCAUCUGGAGAAGGAACCAGUGCUGACAAAAGGUUCACAGUGGACAUUCAAACUGUGUCUCUUAAAUAAUGUUGCCAGUUUAAUAAAUAAGCUAUUGUCAAUCCAGUUGUGUUUUGCUUUGCCCUGGAUUCGUAGAAAUAUCAUCGUAGAAAUAAUUAUACUUUUCAGAAAAAAGCUUGGUAUUUUCCUGACUGAGAGUUUAAUUGAGAGUACACAGGAUAUAUUAGGGUCAUGCACAUAAGGACUGCCACUAUAUAUAGCUUUUAUAAAGACAGUUCUUGUGUUUAAAUUUGAAUGGGAUUACGAUGUGCCAAUAGCUGGUAAAGUGAGACCAAAAUAUGACUCCUGCGCUUGGAAUAAACUGUGUUCAAAAAUAA